GAGAAGCCGGCACAGACUUGUUCAGACUCCCAGUGGCCUGCCGAGGUCGUGAGUAUAGAGCUCUGGAGAUGAAGACCCUGCUCCUGGGUGUCACGCUCGGCCUGGCCGCUGCCCUGACCUUCGCCCUGGAGGAGGAGGAUGAGGAAUGAUCGGUGCUUCCAAAAGAAAAUCCUGAUGCGGAAAACGGAGGAGCUUGGCAAAUUCAGCGCAUAUGGGGGCAGGAAGCUCAUAUACCUGCAGGAGCUGCCCGGGACGGACCACUGCGUCUUUUACUGCAAAGACCAGCGCCAUGGGGCCCUGGGCAUGGGUGGCGGCCGUCUUCUGAAGGCAUCCGCCACCUGCAGAGGCAUGCAGCCAUCCCCACCUUGGCUAACCUGGCCGCUUCACCUGCAGGUAGGAAUCCCGAUGUCAACACAGAGGCCCUGGAAGAAUUUAAGAAAUUCGCUCAGCGCAAGGGAUUCCUGGAAGAUGACAUCUUUAUACCCCUGCAGACAGGCCCCACCCAGGCUGGCCCUGAGCUGCUGGACAGGAACUUGUGCCUGAACUACCGAUCCUGGCAGCUGUUCCCACUGAGCUUGGACCAUGUGCCUGAGACCUGCCUCCCCUCAUUUCAACCCUGCACGGGCAGCCCCACAGCAGUCGGGAUGAGCUAUGACCUGCCCCAGCACCAAUUCAAGGAGAGAGCCAGCGAGAGUUUAGCUUUCGAUGCGGCUCCAGAACCACCUAGGGAGAGCCAGUCGCUGGCCCAGAUCCACAGCUAG